AUGUCCCCUUCUGCCAUCUUCGUCUUCCUCCUCGUCUCUGCGCUGCAUAUGCUGGAGUGUAUCCUCGAUCUCGUGAAGAGGAGGGGAUCAAUUUCUGAUGAACAGCUCAAACUGCGUGUACAGAUCACGGAACUUCUCAAGGAGGCUAGUGCCUUGUCAACGCCCUCAACGUUUGCGCAAGCCGCAAAACUGAAGCGGUUGGCUGGUGCUAAAGAGAAGGAGUUGGCGAAAAUGCAAGAGCUGAACAUUAAAGGGAAGCAGUCUUUAUAUGAACAGUAUGGAAAAGCUCUGCUGGCCACAAAGUUUGAGGAGUCUCAUCAAAUCCGCAUGCUAGGUUCUAAUCUACGGUGUGCUCGUUCUGUGGUUUUGGAGUACUCCUGUGACUACUGUUCCUAA